CUUUCUUUCCUUUUCAAAAUAUAUAAUAAUUAUAGUGGGGGGUAUGCCUACAGCUCCAAACAGUAUUCUUUCUCGAGAAUUUUUAUUAUCCCAAAAACCUAUCAUAUUAUGGAUACAUGAUCCUGGUGCGAUUUAUAAUCAUGAUGCUGUAGUUAACCCAGACAUGUUUCCUAAUUUUAAUGAUGGUCAACUUUUAAGGAUUCAUUGUCCACACAAUUCUCAGCAAACACAGCAACAGACACAAAAUAAUAAGCAAGAUCAGCAAGAUCAGAAAAAAGUUCACGAUCCUCAAAAGCAAAGUCAGCAGACUCAAAAGCAACAGCAAAUGGAUCAAUUUGAACAACCACAACAUUCUUCUGAUGAACAUGCUGAACACGGUCUUAACCAGAAUUUUGAUUUUAUAAUAGUCAAAGGUCAUGCUGUUGAUAGGGAGAGUCUAGCAAAGCAACAACAACUACAACUCUCAAUUUCAAAGGAUAUAGCUGAUAGGUUUAACUUACGAUCAAGACAAGAAGUUUAUGUUGAAUUGAUAACUAAUCCUUAUCAAGUCGCAUUAGAUCAUGUGGAACUAGCCUUUAAAGAGCAAUAUUUGGGGAGAAGUGAUAUGUGGAGGCUUCAACAAAGCUUGAGUGGAACAUGUGUUUAUCAUGAAAAAAAGAUAUUGUUUGCCGGGUCAAUUAAAGCAACUAUUAAGCGAUUAUUUGCCAACGAUGAGCAAGUUACCUCUGGUUAUAUUACGCCAGCAACUCGAAUGAUUUUUAGAUCAGCAUCAGCAAAAUAUUUUUUAUUUAUUCAAAUGUCAAGAGAAAUGUGGGAAUUUGAUGAGGAUGGUGAGCUUUAUUUUGAAAAGGCGAUAAGUAAUUUUUUGCCUCAUUUAUUCAGUCGAUGGAAGGAAGAAGGGACAAAUCAUGUUGUAUCUAUCGUUUUGUUUACAAGAGUAUUUUAUGAAACUAAAAUCGAUGACCCACUUAUCAAUCAAUCAUCAGAUGGUCGAUAUUAUAAGGAUUUCUAUAAGGUAUUGGCAGAUUGGGAGACGACAGAUGACUGGAUGUCUGUUAUUGGACUCUUAAAGAAGGAACAGCUUAAUUUCCAACCCGAUGUCUUAUUACGAUAUGAAAAUCAACGUCAGGUAGUGAGUGGACAAAUUUCUAUGGCCUAUGAAGGAAAUGUGUUGGAGGCAGUCAAUUUGGCACUUAAUCCAUUUGAUAAACAUUUUGUAGAUAGAGAUCUAAUGAGAACAGGUCUUUCCAUCAUCUUGAUUACUCCAGGUGUUGGCAAAUUCUUUGUAAAUAAAAAGCUAUUAAGAUUGACAAAUGAACGUAUGACGGACAAUGGUAUUGCUAUGGAUUUGGUAUGCUUGUCACCUCUACCAUUACAUAUUACUCCACUUAUGUGUUACAUGGAUGCACCAUUGACAUUUGAUAUAGAGGCUAUGGCAUCUAAUGCAGAUAUAAUGGCACCGCGAGGGGGUUUAGGAAAGCCACCUAUUUAUCCAGGAAACUCACCAGAGAAGGCAGCUUUGUAUAUUAACUCAAAUCAAAAAAUAGGUUAUAUCGAUCCUCUCUAUCGUGAUUCUAAUGAUGCUCCUACUCAGAAAUACUAUGCUGUUCCACAUUGGAUAGAUUGUAGUUUUUACCAUCAUGAAACAGGUCGAUUCCUUAAACAGGAUAAAUUUAAAACAAGAUGUAAAAUGUAUGAACUUCAGAUGAUGGGUAUUAUGGAGCAUGAUAUUCGUGGUAUUUCUAUACCAUAUUUAACAGAAGAUUCAAUUGUUGAAAAUAACAACACCAAAGAAGCAUCUCAGGUGCGCACAAUCAGACAACAAAGAAGCUGUGGUAGUCUUAGUGAUAAGUCAAGGCUAUGUGAUGAAAACAAAUCAAGUUCUUAUGUAAAGAAUGGCGAAACCUAUCUUUCUCGAUCAGCAAACUUAUCAAGUAGUGUUAGGCGCACUUCUUUUUUUGGAAUAACAGAGAUAACACCUACUCAACCUCAAAAAAAUAAUAGUAGUCUACUUGAAAAGGCUCUUAGAAGCUAUGAUAAUUACGAUAGUAUGCUCUUCAAAACUUCACCAGAGCCUAGAUUUAAUAAGCGUAUAACACCUGGACCAACUUCAACUUCUGCAAAGUCAACCAAGAUUCCCCAUUCUUCUAAAAAUUCAUUUGAUAUCCCUGAUACAAGCAAUAAUAAUGAUUUAUGGCAAAAUACAAAUGCAAGGUAUAAAGCUACAACUACAUGGCAUCAUACUGGUGAUCAACGUCGUUAUCCAUCUAUUUUAUCUCAUUCACAGCAAACUGGGGGGAAAGGACCAUUUGAUAGUCAUCCUUUACCUCCUCGUAAGGAAGACAAAAAUAUUUUAGAUCCUUUUAAAGCAUCACCAACUUUUAAUGGUAGAGAUGAUAAUAAUGGAAAGAUUCGGCCUUUUCGAAGAGGCACGGUAAAUAGUAGCGAGGUGAAGUAUACAUCAACCGUAACUGGUACAAGUAACCAGCAACCACAGCAGCAACAUCAACAACAGCAACGAUAUUUACAAAUAAGUAAUCAGCCAAACAAUGAUGAAGAGGAAUUUACUGUUGUUAGUUCAAGUACGGUUGAUCCGGUACCAAUUAAUAAUAAGGGCUCAGGAAGUCGUUCAGAUAGUGGUCGUAAAGCACUUAACCACUCGCCUCGUCAGGGAAUAGCUUCUGGUAGCCUUCCAUCAAUUCAUAAACAAUCCGGAAAUAGUGAUAUAAUGCGUACAAGCUUUGGUACAAAUGUAGUUAACAAUCUAAAUCGAUCUUCGCCAUCAUAUAAUUCAAAUCGACAUAAUCCUUAUAAAAAUACUUUGAUAAAUCCAUGCAAUCCUUCUGAUAACCAAAAUUUAUUCACUUCACAUUUACGUCGUUGGCAGCAUGCAUUACCUACAGUUAAAGAAUGUGAUGGUCCAAAAGUACAUUGGAAAUCAUUAACAACACCUGCUUGUUUACCAUUAACUACAGAUUAUUUCCCCUCACAUGAAGAACUAACGUUUCGAUAUAAUCAUUACAUGUAUACUGUCUCUGCAAGCGAGGAUACUAAUCUAUAUCAAGCAGGUGAUCGUAAUUUAUCUGAGCAUAAAAAGACAGAAAAUCUUUUAAUAGAAAUGUUAAGUCAAAGACUUGCACAAGGGUUUCAAAUUAUUGUUGAUAACACAGGUAGUUCAAAUUAUGCUAAGCCUGCCUUGAUGAAAGGUGAUGGGCUCAUAUCUGCUCUCAAUAAUCUUAACAAAAAUAAAGAUAAUUUUGGAACACCUACAGCAGCUAAUACUAAUGUGGGGAAAGAAUCAGAAAAUAACAACAUAACAAUGACUCGUGCUAGUGGAAGUCCUACAAAUAAUAAUAAUAAUACAACGAAUACUGUGGGGGUAACAGGAAAUACAAAAUUAGCACCAUUCGGUUCUAAUGUAGCUGUUCCAAUUGUUGGAAAAGGAGCGCUGGAUGAUAACGAGAAGAUAGCAUGGAAACAUAUGGUUUGGUGGUUAUCGAUGGGACACCAAGUUCAUCAAUUAACCUUUGACUCUUCUGGUCAAAAUGUAGAAGUUCGCCGUUAUGUACGUAUGAUCGAAUUUGAUGUGAGCAAGGUCAAUUAUAAAUGCGCUAUUUGGCCAAAAAACAUGAUCACAUACCGUCCUAAAAACGUUGCUUUUAGUUAUCCAAGUUUAAUGUAUCAGUGGAAUUAUUUGGAUCAUCUUGUUGCCGGAUAUCAGGAAGAAUUGACUGACAAUUUACGUUUCUGGCGUGCCCGUUUUAUUGUAAUUCCUCGUGAGACAUUACCUACAAAUAUUAUCCUUACUGGUGCCUUACAUGAUAAUUUAGAUGAGGAAGAAAAGAGGAUAGCUUUAUUUGAAACUUGGAUUCAAAAUAUUCGUAAAGCAAAAUGGCUUACUCCUGAAGAAAAAGAAGAACUACAAAAGAGACGAAAAAAGGAAAUAGGAUUUUCUGAUUUAGGCAUUAAGCUCACUACGAUGGAUCCCUCUGCAUACGUUGCAAGUGAUGCUAUGGGAACAUCUAUGACUUCUCCUGUUGAAUCAAAGAGCCAUAGUAAUAUUUUAUCAUCCAUUAUCACCGGACAACUAUUGACUCGUGAUUCAAAAUCAAAAGAUAUUGCUAUAGCAAUGCAGGAUCCCAAAGGAGGAGUAAAAAUUAUGGAUCGCCGUUGGCACUUUAGAAUGUAUUAUGAUGUUUUCACUGGUACUGAACUUGUUGACUGGCUUAUAAAUCAAAUCGAAGAUAUAACAACGAGAGAGCAAGCUGUUCAAUUUGGUAAUUUACUAAUGCAAAGGAGACCUCCUUUAUUUCAUUCUGCUACCAAUAGACAUAGCUUUUUGGAUGGUAAUUAUUUCUAUACUCUACAUGAUGAAUUUGCCGUAAAGAAACAGACAAAGGCCUCCUAUCGUAAGGUUUUUGGAAGUAGUGAUUCUGCAGUAACAGCAAUAUCUGUAAAAGAAAAAGAUAAUACCUCUAAUGAUAUAAAUUCACUUCGACAGAUCCCUAGUACCACUUCUAAUACUUCCAUAAAACGCAUAGAAUUUCAAAUGUCAAAAUCCAUGAUUAUUGAUAUAGAUCCUUAUAAAAAGAGUGAUCGACGUGAAACAGCCAUUUUGCAUUAUGAUACAAUCCAUAAUCCUCGUAACUGUUAUCACUUUCAAUUAAAUUGGCUUGGUUGCACAGCACAACUUGUUCAAGAAUUACUACAAAAUUGGAGUAGACAAGCAGAGAGAUGCGGAUUAAAACUCGUGGAAGGCUCUGUAGAUCAAGCAUAUGAAGAUUUAGAAAAUAAUAACCCAUUUCAAUGUCCAGUACCUAUUUCAAUGGUUGUACCUCCACCUCCAGUAGACGAACUUAUCAUAAAAACAAAAAUUGAUAUCCCCGCGCAAUUUUACGAAAUUGCGCUUGUUCGUCAUCUUGGUUUUGUUCUUGAUGUUGAGUCCGACUAUAAUUUUGAUCGUGCGAAAUCAGAAGGUGUUGACCUUUCCUAUUCAUAUAUUAAAGAAGUCUAUAAAUUUGAUCAGUAUAUACAUCAAUCCGGUGUAUCGUUUGUGCAAAUUCGUCCUGAAGGGAAAGGCUUUUAUUGGGUUAACAAUCGACUCUAUACUAAUCAUACGCCAGCUUUGAUUGCUAAUAGAAGACAGCCUUCCUCACAACAGUUUUGCCAUCCAGAUGUUUUUCGCACAAAGUUUCAAAAUCAUUGUAAUGAUACUAAAUGGCUUUCAGAUUUCUGGGAAACAACAAGAACAAACUUCCUAAAGGGGAUAACUCCUGAUAGCUCAGAUGCCUGGGUAUUUGAAAACUCUGGAGCUGUUGUUGAAACUAAUCUGUAUCGACCAGUCAUAAAUACAAAUAUAACAGAAAAUACAAAUGAUACUGCGAGUGCGAUCGUUUCUCCAGCAAACGAAAAAGGGUUAAAUAUCUCCCCUAGUGGCAAUAUCAGUAGUGCAUCAACCUUGGUAGAAGCUCCUAUAGUUCAAGGUACUACUGCUCAUUCCCAACAUAAUAAUAUUACUGUAACUAUUUCUACAGCUUCUCCAUCUCUUUACGACCCUCAAUUAGUUAACCUAGCGAAUAAUAAUACUACUAGUACAAGUAAUAGUUCCCUUAAUUCACCUGAAUCUCAUAAUAUUUAAUCUUGCUGCGCAUAAUCAGUUACUUUUAUGUAUUUUUAUUUCACCAUUAAUACCAUUAUUCAUG